AUGUUUGCGCGUAGCUGCUGCCGAUGCGUCGCUCGCGCGCGCCUACAAUCUCGACCCGCCCAGCUCUCCGCUGCUCGAGCGCAAGUCCGGCAUUAUUCGACGCCGCCCGGAGGCGCACCCGCGGCCACUGCGGCGGCCAGCAAGGCCGGCAUGCUGGCGCCGUUUGUCAACGAGCUCGACAAGCUGGCACCGAGCAUCGACCUGCGCGGUGACCAGAUCCAAAUCCUCAAGACGCCCAGCGAAUUCUACGAGACGCUCAAAGAGCGCAUACGUAAUGCCAAGAGCCGCAUCUUCCUGUCGACACUGUACAUUGGCAAGUCGGAGCGCGAACUCAUCGAUGCCCUGCGCGAUGCGCUCCGGUGCAACCCGGACCUUACGCUGAGCAUCCUGACCGACUGCCUCCGAGGCACGCGCGAGGCGCCCGACCCGUCAUGCGCGUCACUGCUCGCCCCGCUGGUCGCUGAGUUUGGAGCCGAUCGUGUCGAGGUUCGCAUGUACCACACGCCGAACUUGACGGGCCUGCGGAAGAAGUACAUCCCGAAGCGCAUCAACGAGGGCUGGGGCCUACAGCACAUGAAGCUGUACGGCGUGGACGACGAGAUUAUCCUGUCAGGGGCCAACCUUUCCACCGACUACUUCACCAACCGCCAGGACCGAUACCACCUGUUCAAGUCCAAGCAAGUCACCGACCAUUUCUUCAACAUUCACCACGGCGUGUCCUCCUUUAGCUUCCUAGUCACGCCUUCCGACCAGCCCGCCGGCUUCGCGCUCACUUGGCCGGCCACCAACUCUGCGCCGUCGCCGCUCGACGACCCGCGCGGCUUCAUCCGCGGCGCCACCACCGUCCUCCGACCUCUCCUCACCGCAUCAGCCGGGGGCCACACGUCAGCACCAGCACCCUCCGCCCUCGAGGACACCCGCGUAUACCUCCUCGGGCAGAUGUCGCAGGUCACCGCCGCACCGGACCCGUCCACCGAGCUGCCCGUGCUCACCAGCGUGCUCACCCGCCUCACCUCGCCCGCGUACCGCGGCGCCUCGUGGACCUUCACCGCCGGCUACUUCAACCCCGCACCCUCGCUCACCCGCCUGCUCCUCGACACCACCGCGGCACCCGCCCGCGGCGUCGUCAUCGCCGCGGCGCCCGAGGCCAACGGCUUCUACCGCUCGCCCGGCGUUUCCGGCCUGCUGCCGGACGCCUACACGCUGCUCGCCAAGCGCUUCGUGCACGCCGCGCACCACCACCCCGGCGGUGGCGAGAACGCUGUCGUCCUCAAGGAGUGGCGCCGCGGCACCGUAGGCCACCCCGGCGGCUGGACGUACCAUGCCAAGGGCCUCUGGGUGGCCAUGCCCGGUGAGGAGGAGGCCGGCCCGUCGCUGAGCGUCGUGGGCAGCUCCAACUACACGCGGCGCAGCUACUCGCACGACCUCGAGGUCGGCGCGCUCAUCGUAACGCGCGACGCGGCGCUCAAGGCGCGGCUGAGGGACGAGCAGGCGUGGCUGCAGGAGCACGCGCGGCCGAUGACGAGGGAGGACUACUCGACCAACGAGCGUAGGGUUGGGUUGAAAGUGCGCAUUGCCAUGUGGAUCGUGUCGCUUGUCGGAGGUGCGUUGUAA